GGGCUCUAUUUAUAUCCAAAUUUACAGCUUCUAAUAAACACUCACAAAUAGACCUCUCUUUGCAUUCCUUUGUUUCGACUUAUCUGCUCCCCAUUUUCACCCCCAAGAAAUCAUAUCAGCAAUGGCCAAGAUUGUUGCAGUUUUACUUUUGGCCCUUUUUGCCAUGUCCAUUCUUGCUACAACAGUUCUGGCUACAAAUGGCAAACACCACCAUUCUAAAAAGUAUGGACCAGGGAGCUUGAACCCUUCACAAUGUUUACCACAAUGUACGAGGAGAUGUAGCAAAACACAGUACCACAAACCAUGCAUGUUCUUCUGCCAAAAAUGCUGCAACAAGUGUUUGUGUGUUCCACCUGGUUUCUAUGGUAACAAAAGUGUUUGCCCCUGCUACAACAACUGGAAAACCAAGGAAGGAGGACCAAAAUGCCCUUGAUUUUCUACUACUUUCUUGUUUUUCACUAUUUUCUUCAUCUGCCUUUAAUUUGUCUACCUAAUCUUGUUGUAUUUUUGUCUAACAACAAAAGGUCAAUAUGUUCUAGUAAGACCUUAAAUCUUAAUUUCCAGCUGAAAUUCUAGUUUGUGUUGUAGUGCUCCUAUAGUUUGGUGUGGCCCUAUAUGAGAGCUUUCUGUUCCAAUUAUGUUGGUUUCUAUUGUUGUGUUUUCUUUUUCUGCAGUAAUAAAAUUAUGCAGAUUUUGCAUUAAAAUC